AGCAGUCGGAAAAUCAUAACAGCGGUGAAGUUUUUGAAAAGGCGGAUCGAUACGAAAUUUAUUCGCCCCAAUUAAAAAAAGAAGCCCGCAGAAUUAUUUUUGGGGAAAACUGGACAGAAGACGGCGGACUUAGCAGAUUUGGCGCGAAUAUUGGUGACAAGUGGCAAGAAUACGAAAAAGGCGAGGGAACCAAACCUGAUAAGUUGACAAUCCGAGAUUUUACUCCGGCGGAAAAAAGAGCGGAUGCAGAGCGAGCCCGCCGCAGUGCCGAACAAGUGGAACGCGACCGCCGACAAGCCACA